GCCCUUGGUAUCAGCUCCUGUUUUCCCUUCCCUCCCCCAUAGAUUUCUCCUUAACAUAAGUACAGUCAGUCCAACACCAUGUAGCCUCACUCUCUGGGUGUAGCCUUCAUUCCUCCCCUGCCUGCAAGAACAAAACCGUAUUCCUGCUGAUUUCUCCAAGUUGAUCAUCUUCUAUAGUCUCAGGCCUUUUAAAAAAAAUAGUAUUUUAGUGUGUUUUCGGUGAAAGUUGACACAACUAAGAUUCCCAUUUGGCAAUUUGUACAAAGAACUUUCAGUCCCCUUAGUAACGUUUUCCACAAUGUAUCAACAUUUUUUUUAAUGCAUUCCAUUUGCCUCCAUUUGUCUUAUCUUACCGUGAGAGUAUGUGUUGACCUGGUCUAGAGGGGGUUUUCAAUUGAGCACCGUAAUCAUAUCUCAUCUUGAUGCUGCAUGCAAAUUGUUAUUUCACUAAAAGGACAUCAAAUCAUUUUUUAAAAGUAUCUUUAUGUUAAUACCUAUGCUGUGAAGUACCAUUCUUGUUGACUAUAUAUUAAAAUGAUCAUUAAAUAUUAACAAAGGCAAAAAAAAAGUUUUGUUAUAGCUAACCCUUUCUCUCCUUUCUUUUCCCCCUGUUCUUCCCCUUGAUGCAAACUCGCCUUUAGAUUCUUGCAGCAUUUAUAAUCUGACCUCACAAGUUAGAUUGUACAAUUGGUAUGUGAACUCUUUGAGGGGGGGGUGUCUUAAAUCCUCAUGAUAGGUACCACAGUACAGGACUGAUUGCUACUAGUAAUUACCAAUAAUAGACACUAAUAAACAAAAAUGGGUACUAGUAAAUGGUAAGUACUAGUUUGGAAAUAAUUGAUUUGAUACUUUGUCAUAUGGGUUACAAUAUUGCAUGCUACCAUUUAUAAAGUGCUUAGAAAAUGAAUAAAAACCAAACCCACGGCCAUUAAGUCAAUUCUGACUCAUACCAACCCUAUCUGUGUAGCAUUUCCAAAGCUGUAAAUCUUUAUUGGAGCAGAUAGUUUCCGCUCUCUCCCAAGAAGUAGCCCCUGAGUUCGAACCACUAACCUUGUGGCUAACAGUCAAACCUGAUAGCGUCACCAAGAGUCCUUGAAGAGUCCUUGAAAGUUAUCAUUAGAUUUUACCUUUUCAAAUUUCCACUAAACCUCAAUGUGAGGACAUGAAAUUAACCUUUAUCCAUUUCAUCAAUUGGUGGAAAUGUUCUAUACACUGUCCACUAUGAUAGCCACUAGCCACAUGUGAGCGUUUACAUUUAAUUUGAACUAAAAUGUCAAAUACAGCUUCUCAAUAGCACGAUCCACAUUUUAAGUGGCGAGUGGCAACCAUGUUUGACAGGCAACAUGGAGUAUUUCCAUCUCUGCAGAAAGCAACAGGACUGAACAGAAAACCCAGGACAGAGCUUAGUGGUUUUGGGAGCGUUUACUGGAUGAGUGGAGAGCAAGCUGACCUUCAGAAGAGUGACAUCACAAAGCAAUGGCUCACAAUGGCUGCAGAACACCUGGAAUUCCGGACUGCUCUCCCUAACUCAUUUCCAGGUUCCUGAAGCCUCUGCACAUGUAGUUCCUGGAGCUGCAGUUAUCUUAAAAUGUCAACAUUGCUGUCUUCAUCCUGGGAAGACAUUAUAGAUACUCUCUCUCUCAGCACAGUAUGGAAUUGGCUACAAGCAACUCUUCUGGGAGAAACUAGUGAGCCCCAGCAAACACAUUUGGGGAUACUACAUAGUAUUGCUCCGGCUGUGCAAGUUUUCCUGAGGAUUUGCUUUUUUAUCUUGUUGACAAUAGGAUUAUAUGCCUUAUCGAAAAGAAGUAUUCGGUCAAUUCAGAGAAUAUUAUUGUUUAUAACCACACUCUACAAACUUUACAAGAAGGGCUCAGAUUUUUUUCAGGCUUUAGUGUCCAACUCGGAAGCAAACAUUUUCUCAACUCACGAAAAUAAAAAUCUGUUCCUGUCCUUGGGUCUACAAGAGAAAAUCUUGAAAAAACUCCAGAUGGUGGAAAGCAAAGUCAGAGACCUGGAGGGGAUGAUCAUUUCUCAAAAGCCUGCUUCUAAGAAAGAGUGCUCCUCUGAGCCCUACUGCAGCUGCUCUGACUGCCAGAGCCCCCUGGCCACAUCAGGGUUCACCUCCACGUCUGAAAUGUGAUGGAUUCCACUCUUCCAGGAAAGCACUACUUCCCUCGUGUA